CAAAGCCAAGCAGGUAAAGGAGGAGGUGUCUCAUGUGUCCUCUCCACCCCCCUUGGGCCGCUUCCUCAUGUCGUCAUCACCGACCGGUCGUGCUUCUCAAACUUCAACUUAACACCUACAGCAUCGCGGUGCGCUUCUGAGUUGGACAUUUCCUGGUUUACAGAACACCAAGAAAAAGGGGCUUUAUGAGUGGUUUAUUGAACCAGUGAAGGGACGCCCGUGCCGGCGGAGAGGCAGGCGGCGAGAGGGGCGAGGAAAUGCAGGACGACCACGGGAAAGCAGCGCUCGGGAACCCCGAUGGAGCGAGAGCGACCACAGCGCAGAAUUCACACCACUUGAAUGGGCAUACUGUCACUCAAAAUGGCAGCGACUCCCCUGCCACGCCUUCGCCCCAGUGGGACUCCAGAGCCGAGAGUCCUGCUCCAGCUGAGGUUAUCCCAAGGGAGCAGUGGGGAGGGAAGUACGAGUUCCUGCUCUCCUGUAUCGGAUACUGCGUGGGACUGGCCAACGUGUGGCGGUUCCCGUACCUUUGUUAUCGCAAUGGAGGAGGUGUUUUUCUGAUCCCCUACUUCAUUAUGCUGUUUGUCACGGGUGUCCCCCUGUUCCUCAUGGAGUUAAGUUUGGGCCAGUACGGAGCAGCCGGCCCCAUCACUGUGUGGAAGUGCUGCCCUCUGCUCAAAGGUAUUGGCAUUGGGAUGCUCUGUGUCUCCACCCUGGUGUGUCUAUACUAUAACGUCAUUAUUGCGUGGACGUUUUACUACCUGGGCAGCUCGUUCCAGAGCCCUCUGCCCUGGUCCUGUGAUGCUCCAGCCAACGUGGGCCUCUGUGGAAACGGCACCGCUGGUAAUGGCUCCACUGGUAAAGGCCUCAGCCCCACAGAAAAAUUCUGGAACGAGCAAGUGCUGGGUGUGGCAUACAGCGAGGGCCUCCACGACCCGGGCCCUGUCCGGUGGCCCCUGGCUCUGUGCCUCCUGGCCGCCUGGAUCAUCAUCUUCCUGUGUAUACUCAAGGGCAUCCGCAGCUCCGGCAAGGUCGUUUAUGUGACAGCCACCUUCCCGUACUUGGUGCUCAUUGUUUUGAUCAUCAGAGGUGCUACACUGGAGGGCUCUCUCCAGGGCAUUGCAUUCUACCUCACACCAGACUGGAGCCGGUUAGCCAAUGCACAGGUGUGGAAUGACGCGGCAUCGCAGGUAUUUUACUCCUUAGGUAUCGGCGUCGGAGGGCUGCUUUCUAUGGCCUCUUACAAUAAGUUUGACAACAAUGUCAUCAGAGACACUUUGAUUAUCACCGGAGGAAACUGCUGCACUAGUUUCUUUGCAGGAUUUGCUAUAUUCUCAAUCCUGGGUCACAUGGCGUGGAAGAAGGGAGUGCCUGUCGGUGAGGUGGCAGAUUCAGGUCCGGGGUUGGCCUUCGUUGCAUACCCAGAGGCCCUUGCUCUGCUGCCAGGAUCUGCGUUCUGGUCCAUUUUGUUCUUCCUUAUGCUCUUUAUGCUGGGGAUCGACACACUGUUUGGCAACAUGGAGGGCAUCACCACGGCCGUGCUGGAUGAGUUUCCGCACCUCAGAACAAACGCGCUGCACAAGUCUCUCUUCUUGGGCGCCCUGUGUUUUAGCUUCUACUUGAUGGGUCUCCUGUUGGUGACAAAUGGAGGGAUUUAUUGGUUCACUCUCAUUGACUCCUUCAGCACUAGUUUUGGCCUCAUCAUCAUCACCCUCUUCAUGUGCCUUGGCAUCUCCUUCUUCUACGGAGUCAAUCAGUUUUGUCAGGACAUUGUUGACAUGAUCUGCCCCUGCCCUGCCUGGUGCCUCAAAGUGCUGAUUUACUUCAAAGUAUGCUGGGUCUUCUUCACUCCAUUUCUCCUGCUGUUCAUCCUGACCUACAUCUUCAUUGAGAUGUACAACACAUCACUCCACUACGGGUCCUAUGUGUAUCCACGGUGGGGUAAAGCAUUGGGUGUGUGCAUGGCUGCAACUUGCUGUCUACAGAUCCUCAUUUGGGCCAUCGUGGCCAUCAGCAAGGAAACUGGAACACUGAAAGAGCGUUUCCAGAAAUCGAUAAAACCUCUGAAUUCCUGGAGGGUAAACAACUUGAACAACGCCAACAGAGUAGUGGAGCCCGAGAGGGUGGAUGCUCCGUUCAGCGUCACGCUCACAGACAUGGACUUUACUGCAAUGAACUGGGAGAUGGGAAGCCAGGCUUGACGGCACCGAGAGUAGUGAACAACAAACUACGUUGUCAGGAGAUGGAAGAAUUUAUUAUUUCCAUGUUAUUUGCACAAGCAAGGAUCUGGUUACUGUGUCGGAACAGACUGUGUGUCUUGCAGGGCAUUGUGGAUUAUUGCUUUAUUUAUACUAUUAGGUAUCUUGGAAUUAUAUUUUUGUAACUUUUUAAUAUUGUGCAGAAUGUUCAGUUACAGCUGUAAAAUUUAGAUUGUCUUUAUCCUAGAUGGCCUAAUAAGGAGAUGUGGAUAUAAUGAUCCUGAAGGGUAUCAGCUGGUUAUAUUUAUUAUCAUAGUAAUGUAGAACAAUUAUUUUUAACAAUCAACAGCAGCUGGACUAGACGUCAAUUAUCGUGUAGAAAGUAGAGGGGCAAAAAAGAGCAGCGUCUCUUGGUUCUUACCCUCCACAAAACAUGGACCUGAAAGAAUGAAUGUUGCAACCCCUAACCCUUGCAUGAAAUGUUAAAUCCAUCUUCCUUUAAAAAAUGAAUGAAUGAUUUUUAGAAUUACUGCUAGAUCUUUUUUUUUUUUAAAUGUACUUGUAAAGUAAAAUAAACUUAUGUAAUAUUCAAGCAUUGACUAAAUACCUGCAUUUCGAAUGAUCAGUUCCAGCAGAAGAUGUAGCCAUCCGUAGGUUGUGUUGCUUAAGAUAUAUUUAUAAUAAAUUGAUUUCUAUGCUAUUCAUACAGACAAGUUUUUUUUCUUCAAAAAAUAAAUUAUGGAGUCAUUCAGCA